UCCUUCGACCUCCGAUCCGAUCCGUGCUCCCUCACUCUUCAGCUGCUCGUCGCCAUUGCCAUGGAGCCGCCGCCGCCGCCGCGGCAGCACCAGCUGCGAAUCCUGGAGACAGUGCAACUACAUCCGCCUCUGGCAGAUGGCCGGGUGCAGGCCGGGUCGUUCCCGCUGUCUGGCCUGGACACGGACCACAACGUGCUCGACGUCACCUUCCGCACGCUGCGGUUCUUCCCUCCCCACCCGCCGUCGCUCGACCCGUUCGACGUCCUCCCGCGCGCGUUUGCCGCCGCUCUGGAUAUGUUCGUCCCGCUCGCCGGAAGGCUUGGAGACGGCGGCCGUGUUGUCCGGACUGCCGCCGACACCGUCCCCCUCGUUCUCGCGGCGUCCGACCUCUCGGUGGCCGACCUCGACACCGACAGCCCGUGCUCCGCUCUGGUCGGCUGCCUCGCGCCGGGAGACGGCGACGGCGUGAUGGGAUCCCCGGCGCUCGCGCUUCAAGCCACGCGGUUCGCCUGCGGCGGCGUCGCACUGGGGAUGCGGGUGGCACACGCGCUCUGCGACGGCGCCGGCGCCACCAAGUUCCUUUCCGCCGCCGCGCGGUUCGCGCGCGGGGUGCAGGAGCCUGCGGUGGCGCCGGUGUGGGAGCGGCAGGCCCGGCUGGGGCCGAGGCGGCCGCCGCGCGUGGUGAAGCCGUUCGAUCGCGUCCUCGCGCUCGACGCCGCCGCCGCGCGGCACGGACCGUACGGCGCGACCGGCGAUGCACAAGCACAGAUCACGAGGGAGUGCUUCCACGUGAGCGAUGCCCGUGUGGAGACGCUCAGGGCGGGGGUCGCCGGCGAAGCUGGCCUCAAGCUCCCAACGUUCGAGUUCCUCGCCGCGUUCAUCUGGCGCGCCAGGGUGAAGGCCAAGGGAACGAGCCCCGACGAGGUGGUGAAGAUGGUGUACUCCAUGAACAUCAGCAAGCUCCUCGCGCCGCCGCUCCCGGACGGCUACUGGGGCAACGUGUGCGUCCCAGUGUACGUCGCCCUCACCGCCGGCGAGCUCGUCGGGCAGCCGCUGGCAGAGACAGCCGCCAUGAUCAAGAAGAGCAAGCAGGAGGUGGACGACGAGUACGUCCGAUCCUACAUCGACCUCCGGGAGCUGCGGCACGGCGGCGAGGGCGUCGUCACGGCGGGGCGCGGCGUGAGCGCGUUCACCGACUGGCGCCGCCUCGGGCACUCGGAGGUGGACUUCGGGUGGGGCGCGCCCGACGCCGUGCUGCCGCUCUCGUGGAGGCUGCUCGGCAGCACGGAGCCGUGCUUCUUCCUGCCGUACGGCGCCGGCGACGAGAGGCGGCGGCUGGGGUUCAAGGUGCUCGCCGCGGUGCCGCCGCAGGCGCUGCCCUGCUUCAGAGAGGAAAUGCAGGAGCUGUCGUCGCAACGCCAUUGCUUCCAUUCAAAACAAAAACUGUAAAUUUCACACCAAUCCGUUCAAAUUCAAACCCCGCUUUUCAAAUAAAAAAAUUACUUUGGAUCACUUUCACCGAUAUUUCACUUUGCACCACCUCAGGUUACUAUUUUUUUACACUGGAAAAUUUUGUACUUGAGUUACUUUAUAACGAUGGUAAAAAAGCUCUUAACUAUAGAUGGCCAUAUGGG